AAUAUAAACACAAUAAAAUAGGAGCCAACUUUAUUAACAAUGAAAAACGCAUUACAAAUACUACACAGCUAAACAAUUGCUACAUAAUUCUCGACACAUACGACAUGACAUAAAUUAUUGCAUUAAUAAGCUUCGGCCAACUUAUUAUUGUUUUUUUCUUCUCCAACAGAAUAGUGAAUGGAUUUAGUAUUUAAUCAAGGCAUGACUUUGCACCAGCAUUUUGGUCAGAUCACCACUAAGGUGGUGCGACAUGAUCUCAUUCGUGGAUCCGACCAGCUUUCCACCGAUGAAGACRGCUGGUACUGGUGCAUUGCAUCCCAACUUUACGAGCGCUUUCUCUAUUUCCCUGCAGUCAGGGUCUUGGUCAAUCUCAUAAACAAAAGGAUUGACUCCAAGUUCCCCAAAUAGAAUGUUAACUGCAUAUGAUAGGCAGCACGAGCUUUUGCUGAGUAUGACCACACUCCU